AAAAUCCUCCUACAUUUCAAUAUGAGUCAGAAGAAGAUAUUUUUGACAAUUUUCUAGAAAAUAAUUAUACUCCAAUUGUACCUUAUGAAUUUUCUUCAUCACUAUGUUCUCUUGAAUAUUUUACUUCUCCUAAUCUUGAAUAUUCUAUUUCGCCAUCACAUGCAUUUAAUUUGAUUUCUGCUAUACCCUUAGAAUCUUCAUCAUCGCAUAAUCUUGAAUGUAUUGCUUCAUUUCCUAAUCUUGAAUAUUCUACCUUUCUGAUAUAUGCUUCUAAAUAUUCAAUUUCAUCAUAUAACUCUGAACAAUCUACUUUGUUAUUAAAUAAUUCUGAAGCAAUACAUGAUACUUCCGAUUAUUCUAAUUCUUCAAAUAUUCAAACUCUACAAACUGCUAAAAAACAUAAGUUAGUUUUUGUAAGUUCUUCAGACAAAAAACCAACCUGGAAAAAGCUGGAGCCUUUUGUAAAAGCAACAUCUCUUAUAGGUAGAGAUACAUAUUCCACACUUUCUCUUAUACUUUUGACAAUUACAACCCUUCAAGAACAUCUAUUAAAAGUAGAAUCGGUACUUACUCAUUCAGUUGUUCAUAAUGUUAGAAAUGAAAUCGAAUUUAAUAUAGCUGGUCAAUGGGAAGAUCUAGUUAUAGAAGGAUAUUUGGCAUCAAUUUUAGAUUCUAGGUUUAAAAAUUUAGAAUUUGCUUCUGAAAAAUUCGAAGAAACAAAAACAUCUCUAAGGCAACAAAUGAGAAUGUUAAAUAAAAAUGAAU